CAGCCAUCUACAAUCCGAAUUGGACCAUGCGUACAUCCCUGCCACCAGAGAUAAUGUCUGAGAUCUUCGUACUAUGUGGCUCAGAGAGCGAAGGCUGCCUCCCUCGACCCGUCGCCCAGGUUUCGAGACGCUGGCGUAUAAUUGCGCUCUCUACACCCCGGAUGUGGAAUCACCUAUACCUGAUUUGGGGCCUGCGCAGAUCAUCCAAAGGGCCCACCGCAAGUUCUAAGCUCAGAAAUGCCUCUCUGCACGCUCUCUUGGAUCUGCAGAUCGAACGCACCGCCAGGGCCCCGCUCUCUGUGACCUUUGGCGACAUGAGCGACGACGUCGACGUGCUGGGCAAGCUGCUGCAGCUCUCCGAACGCUGGGAGCGCUGUGACAUCCGACUUCAGAUAGAGCAGCAGCAUCUUCUCGUGGAGGGAGGCGAUUGGCGGUUCCCGCGCCUGCGGUCGAUGAAGCUCAAUCACUUGGUGGCGGUGGACACGCUGGGGCUAGGGCCGCUGGGAACCGCACUUCCGGCGCUGGAGCGCGUGAUAAUCUCGUACUGGGUGCAUCCCCGUCUGAAUCUGAUAGGAUGGGGACCUCUGGAGAUGCUCACUCUGUGCUGGUGUCACACCGUCGACAUCAUUGCUGCCCUCGCGCGGUGCCGCAAGACGCGCAAGGUCGAGAUAAUGCAUUGUUUGUCGCCGUCUCAGCUCCCGUUGCCUGUUUCUCCGAGUGGAAUCGAGCUGGAGCUUGAGGCUGUGACGUUCGUCGACCACACCGCAAGCAUCGCACAUGACAUCUUCCGGACAUUCGACACCCCACGGCUGCGGAGUGUGACGCUGAAAGACUUUGUCGUGAAUAUGCAUCUUGUGCGCCCGAUAUUCGCACACCUGCCGCCCUCCCUGACGCAUCUCCACCUCUGUGACAUCGAGCUCCCGGAGCCCAGGCUGCUCGCGCUCUUCCGCGCCAGCUCGCCGCAGCUGCCGAACGUGACCGAGCUCGAGCUCACGUGGUCGUGGGACGUGCACUCAGACCUGUUCAUGAACUGCAUGACGCUCCUCCCCGGCACCAGCGGCCGUGCGAACAUCUUCCCGCGCCUACGCACGCUCAACAUCACGGGCGGGCUAUCUUGUCGCGAAGACGCGCUGUACCUCAUGCUGCGCAGUCGCGUUGGGGUGCUGCGGCGCGCGGAGCUGUUCUACGCGGGGCGUGCUUUCUUUUUCGGAAGUGCGUUGGAUGGGCUCAGGGCGCAGGGGAUGGAGAUCGACAUGCGGUUGGGCGGGCCCAGGAAGUAUGACCACGUCCGCAAGUUCGAUUACUUGUAUUCUCCCGAUGGAGACGAUGUUGUCUGAGCUAUUGUCUACUAUCCGCGGAUCUCUGUCAUGAACUCGCGACUGCGAUCUUCGCAAACGGCCGCGCUGAUCAUGUAGCAAUCGUCCCUCGAUAAGAAUGUGGCACGUUUCACCCAACGGAGUGGAAGGCUCUACAUUCCAAUGAUUACAUUCCCGGCUAUCCAAUACCCUGUGAUGUAAGUGCAUAGAGGCUGGCACCAGAAUGAACGUUGAGCUAGCAAGGUCGAUUCAGGACAGAAAGAUGGUCGGAUAUUGGAUCCAUGGGCCAAACGGAAUUUCGUAUUAUAUAUCACUGGCCACUCGAACCGUGAGCCAGAUUGUCGCUCCUGCCCAUGAUGUCUUGUCCGAGACGAGAAGUUAUCUCGAGUUUCCCCAAGCAUCUGCGCCGGGUAAGAGUGCUGCUCCAUCCUGGAACUCGACCAUACUGUGAGGGUUCCCACCACAAGCCGCGGUGGAGGAAGCCAGGCUUCCCGAGCUGUACUUUCCCAGUUUGUUCAGAUAUACCCAGGGACCGCAUUCAUGUUCUCGAUCUCUUCCGGACGCUGUGCGCCAGCAGAUGAAAACGGCUGUGAUAAUUUUAGUUUCUGCCGCACGACUGCGAUAUUCUUGGAAUGCGGCUCGCUGAGUUCGCCGAGCGUAUAACUGCGCGGUACGGCCGGCCGAAGCGGAGCUCAGUUCCACAAUCACGAGAGGGACGUUCUCCGUUGACAGCCACGAGAGAGUGCCGUGGCUGCUUACAUACGAUCGUCGGAUUCAGGUCAGGGCGACCGAGCGCUCCGUGCUGUCCGGGCUAGAGAACCAGUGGAUUCUGGGUCUGCGAUUGGUGGGGCCUGCAGUCGACGUGGGUCUUCGUGAUCCAGGAGGUUUCAGGCAACAUCAACUUCCCUCUCGCAGCGUGCUGAUAAAUGUGAUUGCGAUGCUGACACACGUCGGCGUUGCCAGUGCGCGGUGUGCUUCCCCAUGCCAAAUUCAGCGUGAUGAGGAAUCGUUGCUCUUCCUGGCUGCCCUGACCGGGCUCCACGGCCCAUCUUUCCAGCUGCGAGCUCGGGUGCUGAAUCGACAUGCUCCACGAGGCCUCGACUCUGAAUAUUUGGGGCAGUGCAAUAGGAAACUGCCAAAGGCCAGGCCAGUCCACCCACCACCCGAGCGAGUUUGUAUUGUGAUACGUAUCGUAGCUUCCCGUAUUGUUUUAAUCACCGAGAUAUGUAAGGUUCAGAUUGGGUGAGGUGGCUUCCCGUAACGCCCAAGGCGAAACUCUGUUGGGGGGAGAGUAAGUGCCGGGCGGCUGCAGGUAUGCACAAGAGAUAAGUAACCCGUUGCCCUCAAACACUCGGAAGAUGAGAAAUAGAUCCUAAAAUGUGGAUGGUGAUGUAAGCGCUUUUGAGCCUUUUCAAAGCAUGAGAUUGAG